AUGGCAGACUCAAUGCAAAUCGACCUGCCAGUCAUCGACGAGAGUUUGUACUCGAGACAACUCUAUGUCUUGGGCAAGGAAGCUAUGCUCAAGAUGCAGAAUGCUAACGUAUUAAUCAUCGGUCUCAGAGGCCUCGGCGUGGAAAUUGCAAAGAACGUCGCUCUUGCCGGCGUCAAGUCAUUGGCACUCUACGACCCAAAGCCAGUUGAAAUUCAGGAUUUAUCUUCUCAGUUCUUUUUAUCUGAGGACGACAUUGGUAAGCCUAUUGCUGACGUCACCGCUUCCAAAGUUCUGGAGUUGAAUCUGUAUGUGCCAAUCUCCGUGGCUUCGGAUCUUUCAGAAUCUACUUUACUCAAAUACAAGUGUGUGGUUACUACAAACUUGUCAUUGGAAGACCAAGUGAAGAUCAAUGAAAUCACACACAAAAAUGACAUUGGUUUCAUCGCCGCUGACACUAGAGGUCUUUUUGGUCAAUUGUUCGUCGAUUUGGGCGAAGCCUUCCCUGUCAUUGAUCAAAACGGCGAGGAGCCUUUGACUGGAAUAGUGUCUGACAUUGAAUCUGAUGGUUCGGUUACUAUGUUGGAUGAUAAUAGACACGGCUUGCAGGACGGUGACUACGUCAAAUUCGCCGAAGUCGAGGGAAUGCCAAAGCUCAAUGAUGGCUCCCCUCAUAAGGUAGAGGUCCUCGGCCCGUAUGCUUUUAAGAUUAAGAUUGAUCCAUCAUACGGGUCUUACGUUAAGGGUGGGUUGUAUACCCAGGUCAAGAUGCCUACUAAGCUUCAGUUCAAGUCCCUCAAAGAUCAAUUGGCCGAUCCUGAAUAUGUAUUCUCGGACUUUGCUAAAUUUGAUCGCCCUCCACAGCUCCACUUGGGCUUCCAAGCUCUUCACGCCUUCCAGACAAGACACCAAGGUAAAUUGCCACGUCCCUAUCAUGAGGAGGAUUCUAAUGAGUUUUUGAGAUACGUCGAAGAAUUGAAUGCUCAGAAUCCUUCCAUCUUGGGUGAUGCGGAGAUUAACAAGAAACUCUUGCAGCAAUUGGCUUUCCAGGCUACUGGUGAUGUUCCAGGCAUCUCCGCUUUCUUUGGAGGGUUGAUCGCACAAGAAGUGUUGAAAUGUUGCUCCUCUAAAUUUGGUCCAGUAAAGCAGUAUCUCUACUUUGAUUCUUUGGAAUCCUUGCCCAAGGAUGAGGAUUAUCCAAGGAAUGUGGAGACUACCAAGCCCGUUGGCUCGAGAUAUGAUGGUCAAAUUGCUGUGUUCGGUGCAGACUUCCAGAAAGCAAUCUCUAACUUGAAAGUCUUCUUGGUUGGCGCAGGUGCUAUUGGCUGUGAAAUGUUGAAGAACUGGGCCAUGAUGGGUUUAGGUUCAGGUCCAGAUGGUAGUAUCAUAGUAACGGAUAUGGAUUCCAUCGAAAAGUCUAACUUGAAUAGACAGUUUUUGUUCAGACCAAAAGAUGUUGGCGGUAACAAGUCUGAGAUCGCCGCUAGAGCCGUUCAGGCCAUGAACCCUCACCUCAAGGGUAAGAUUGAGUCCAAGUUGGAUAAGGUUGGUGCUGACACCGAGCACAUUUUUGAUGAUGCUUUUUGGGGAAAAUUGGAUCUUGUUACGAAUGCUUUAGAUAAUGUGGAUGCUAGAACGUACGUCGAUCGUCGUUGUAUCUUCUACAAAAAGCCAUUGUUAGAGUCUGGUACUCUUGGUACAAAGGGUAACACUCAGGUUGUUAUCCCUAACUUGACAGAGUCUUACUCCAGUUCUCAGGAUCCUCCUGAAAAGUCCAUUCCAUUAUGUACGUUGAGAUCCUUCCCAAACAAGAUUGACCAUACAAUUGCAUGGGCCAAGUCUUUGUUCCAAGAUUACUUCGCUGACUCCCCCGAGACUGUGAACUUGUACUUGAGUCAACCUAAUUAUGUGGAGCAAACUUUGAAGCAGAAUCCAGACAUAAAGGGUACUUUGACAAACAUCGCUCAACUUUUGAACAACAGAGCUUUUUCCUUUGAAGACUGUAUCGAAUGGGCAAGACUUCAAUUCGAAUACAAGUUCAACCAUGAGAUCAAGCAGUUGUUGUAUAACUUCCCCGAGGACGCGAAGACUUCCAAUGGCGCACCCUUCUGGUCUGGUCCCAAGAGAGCCCCUAAGCCCUUGACUUUCGAUAUUGACAACCCUGAUCACCUUAGCUUCAUUGUUGGAGGUGCAAACUUAUUGGCUUUUAUCUACGGUUUGAAGGAGCAGAAUCCUGGUGUGGAGGACUAUAAGCGUGUGUUAGAUAAUGUGCAAGUCCCUGAAUUCAUCCCAAAAACAGGUGUCAAGAUUGCUGCUAAUGAUCAAGAAGCUGAGGAGCAGGCUAGGCAGCUUUCUGGCUCUCUCGAUGAAGAGGAGAUUCAAAAGAUCGCUGCUACAUUGCCUGAGCCCUCCAAAUUCGCAGGCUACAGAUUAUCGCCAAUUGAGUUCGAAAAAGAUGACGAUACUAAUCAUCACAUUGAAUUCAUUGCUGCUGCUUCCAACUGUAGAGCGUUGAAUUAUGGUAUCGAGACAGCUGAUGCUUCGAAGACCAAGUUCAUUGCUGGAAAGAUUAUUCCUGCCAUUGCCACUACCACCGCUUUGGUUACUGGUCUCGUCUGUCUUGAGUUAUACAAGGUGGUGGCUAAACAGGAUGAUAUUGAACAGUACAAGAAUGGAUUUGUGAACCUUGCGCUUCCGUUCUUUGGAUUCUCUGAGCCUGUGAAGUCCCCUAAGGGUAAGUACAACGGAAAAGAAUUUGAUCAAAUCUGGGACAGGUUCGAACUCCAUGGAGAUAUCACAUUGAAGGAGUUGCUCGCCCAUUUCGAAGAGAAAGAAGGCUUAGAGAUCUCCAUGUUGUCCUAUGGUGUCACUCUCUUGUACGCAUCAUUCUUCCCACCUAAGAAGGUCAAUGAAAGAUUGGGUAUGAAGUUCACUGAAUUGAUCAAGACUGUUAGCAAGAAGGACUUGCCACCUCAUGCUAAGAGCCUUAUCCUUGAAGUUUGUUGCGAUGACAAGGAAGGAGAGGAUGUGGAGGUACCUUACAUCAACUUGAAGUUAUGA